GCGGUCAGUGGCGCAGUGCCGUUGUAGUUGUCUCUCUUCGAGUCGAGCGCGGAGAGAGAGAGAGAGAGAGUCGCUCGCCGUCGACGCGACCUUGCCUAAAAGCUUACUCAAGGCCGCGACGCGCCGAACUUCUCUCUCGCUCGUUUCCCGCGUAUUUCCCAUCCCCGUAUGAUAUAAACGAACCCUGCGAACCCUGCGAACCCCGUCUGGAUGGGGUCCAACGUGAUCCAGACAUCGCCGAGUGCUAUCGAAGUUUUGCGAAGAUCGCCGUGCAGAAAAAUGUCAGUUUAGUGUUAGAUUGUGAUUCGAUUAUUUUCCACGAUCGUCAGAGUGAAAAGUGUCGAUUUGAUAGAAAAGAAAAGCUUGAUAAAGUGUGCCGAAUUCGAGUUGUAGUGACUGUCUGUGCCUCGAGGAGCGACAGGAGGAUGCCAACGAAGGAAGACGUCGAGUGGAGUAGUCGCGGCGCCGAAAAUACAUUUUUAGACGGUAAGUGCAAGAGAUUUGAAGUAGCUCGAGCCCGGCUCAACAUCGAAAUCAGCAGCGGCGGCGGCACGCAUCCAGCAGCAGCUGCACCGCAUAUUGGAAGCCUAAGCUAUACACAUAUAUAGCAGGCUCGGGUGGUGGGAGCGAGAAUAUAUAGAAUAAAAUAUAUACGAUGGAGCAAACGCGCGGGCGUACGAACGGCGCGGCUCCGACGGCGAGUCCGCUGCGGCGUAGUCUGUCGGCGACGACGACGUCGGGCGCCACCGCCGCCAAGACUCCGGAGGUGCGCUGCGCCUGCCAGUACUUCGGGAGCUACUCGCUGCUGCCGGAGCGAAGCGCGCUUCUGGCGGCCAACAAGAGGCCCCCGCCUCACCUCGCCAACGUCAAAUCCGCUUCUACUGCCGCAGCAGCGUACGCCAACAACAGGCGGCCCGCGGCAGCAGCCGGCGGCAGAACCGUGUGGCAGAGACCGGCAGCCGGUAACAACAAUAGACAGCAGCAGCAGCAGCAGCAGCUCACGCAGUCGCGGCCCAACGGUGCCGCAAUGGGCGAUAACGAGUAUGAGCCGGUCGGUCAGCCGGUGGUGCGGCUGGCGCUCUCGUCGAGCACGGUGGCGGUCCGCAUGGUCGCCCCCGUGGUCAAGAUCACCGACACGGCCGUCGCGGACAGCGACGACAGCAUCGAGGACCGCUACCGUUUUCAGCAGCGGGCCCUCAUACUCGACGGCGACGUGAUCGUGCCGCUGGACGGCAGCAUCGAGGACAACGCCAUGGCUGGAAAAAAUCUGGGCGACCAGACGAUCGACACUUUGGGGGACGACGAGGAGCUGUCGUCCGCGUCGUCGUCGCGACCGCCGAUCAGUGGAGCGCACAGACAGCACAACUUCGAGUUGGCUGCGGCUAUCAAGGAAGCCAGACAGGAGGCCGAAACGAGAAAGCAAAGUUUGAUCGACGAAGCAGCAGCAGCCAAUGUUGAAUCUCCCCUUCGCCGAGGCGCCCGCGACUUCCAGCAAAGACUGAAAAAUCAAGCCGGUCGAAUACACUCGAGACUCAGCAGCAUCCAGAAGCCGACGUUCGGCAGACGAGCGAAAACGCCGACCAUGGCCAAGCCCAUGAAACCCAAGCCAAAGACAAUGACCGUCCCACCCUCGCCCAGAGCCGAGCAAAAAGCCAGCCGCUUGGAACGCUUUCGAAUGGCCCUGCCGGAACGCCCGAAAUUUCACCUGCCUGACAAAUCGAAAUUUCACCUGCCCGACAAAUCCAAAUUCCACCUACCGGAGAGGCCGAAAUUUAAUCUUCCCGACCGUCCAAAGUUCAACAUGCCCGAUACUACGAAGUUGAGGAGCCACCUGAAGAAGCCAAAUAUCCAGAUGCCAAAAUCGUUCAAUCGCGUCAGACGCAGUGCGUCGCAGCGCGUCACAAGGACUCAAGAGAGCGUCGAAACGGCUGCCGUCGCCGCCGAGGAAGGAGCUCAGCAACGUCGGAGCAUCUUCGACUUCUCGACCUAUCCUCGGCCGAAAAUUUUCGAACGCAAAGCCAAAGCCAAGGCCAGCGGCGAGGAGUUCGCCACCUCGUCGCCCAAGGAGUCUCGCGCGCAGUCGACCGAGUCCUGGUCGACGUUUCCGCGAGUGAAGAAGGCCGGCCAGUCUCUGGUGGCUCGCUGGUCCCAGCGCUUCGGGGACACGGCCCCGCAGCAUCACUUCCCCGAGCCCGAGGGCAGCGUGGAUCGCUCGAGGCCCUGGCGACAUCCGUCCCUGGAGGAGCCGAGGCUGUCGCUGAAGCCGCAGACAUCGCAGGACGACGAGCAGAUGCCCUGGGAGACGGCCUCGAGGAAGAACUACGACCUGGAGGAGGCGAGCGUGCCGCUCGAGGAGGACGAGGACCGAUCCUACGGAGCCAGCUUAAAGGAUCCAGAGUUGAGCUACGGCAAGGCGCCCGUCCGGGACCCGGGGGCGCGCGACAUCGCCGUGCAGAGAGCCAGAAGCCACGAGGAGCGGGGCCCGGCCGACAACACGAAGGACAGCUCGGCGUUUCACCUGAAGAGCCUGUACGAUGGCUCGUUCCCGGCCGUGGACCCGCGAGACUUUGGAAUUCAGCACAUCGACGACUCGAUCGAGCACUCGGAGGACGAGGAGUCGAUGCGCUCGGACCGGGAGAUCCAGCAGUCGAGCGGCAGCUCGUGCGAGCGUCGCCGUCGCGGCGUCAUCGAGGAGAUCGGCUCGGACGAGUUUUUCCUGCGCGCCAAGGGCAUCAGCCAGGAAAACAUGAGAUUCCAGCUGAUCGACGAGAUCAGAGAUGCCAUCCGACCUCGCAACAACGCCACCGCUGCCGUCCAAGACAGUCCACCCAAGCGUCCUCAGCGUCGCAAGCGCAAGGAGGAGUCCGUCGAGUCGUUCGGCGAGUCGUCCAUCGGCGCCGACAGCAAAGCCCCUCAGGCGCCCAAGCGAGAUCACAGCUCGCUGCAGCGCAGCCCCGAGUCGUUCCGGCGACGCAGCUCCAUCGAGCGGGCCAGCAGUCUGCAGGCGACCCAUCGCGUAGUCUAUCAGACCGAGUCGACGCCGAGCAAGGACUCGGACACGACGAGGAUGCCGAGCGAACCCGCCCUCGACGAUCUGGUGGUGAUCAAGCCGCAGCGCAGAAAGUCCAGGACGUCGCUGAGGAGCUCGAGCCUGCUGCCCGAGGAGCAGAACAUCAUGUUCGUGUCGAUGGAGGGCUCGAGCGCCGCCGAAGAACUGGCGGAGCAGAAGCCCAGCCCCAUGGCGCCCAGCAGAAGGAAGAGAUUCCGUACGAGCCACCAGUCGUCUAGUCUCAGAUCCCCGCUAGCUAUUCCCGAGAAAGCGUCUUUGGAAACAAUGCCGUCGGCUUCUUCGCGCGUCAUGAUUAUCAAUUACAUAAGGACCAACGACAGCAAUCUCUGCAACGGCUAUCCCGACAACGCGUCGCCCCACCAAUCCGUCGACAAAAUCCCUCCAACGCCACCGCCGAGUCCUCCGCCGAACGGCAACGAAAGGAAUCGUCAAAGUCGUGCCAUCGACGAGCUGGAUUACAUCGAACGAUCGCUCGAGGAGCAGCCCACCACGAGACGAGCCGCCGCCACCGUCGCAGGCACCCCGAUCCCGCCGAAACGAACGCGCUCUCGAACCGCCUCGAUGAUCUUCGAGGACGACCGCACGUCGCACGGCGCCGACUCCCUGCCCGGCGACUUCGACGCGCCGGUAUUGCCGCGCGACUCGUCGUCGCGCGAGCCAAGCCUGCCGGGUUACGCGCGAAUCGAGCGCAAGGACAAGCCUCCGAGAGCACCACCCCCGAGGAGAAAACGCCAGCAGGGUAAAUUCGCCACGACUCCGAGACCCUCGAAGCACGAGGCCAAGAGAAGCCCGAAGACCUACUCUCACGCGGCUGGUACUCUGAGGUCUGCCAGGUCGGAAUCCAUGAGGAAAUCGAGCGAAUCGAUCCCCUUCAUGGACGCCGACUACUCGCUCGAGCACGACGACGGCUACUAUCAGAGCGACGUGCUGCGCAGCGACGAGGUGCUCAAUCGGAUGCACGGUCGGCCGCUGCCGGCGCCGCCCCGUCCGCCCCGCCAUCGCAAGUCCUUCAGGCGCACGAGUCUGCCGCGCGAGAUAACGCCCGACUACACGGAGACGAUCGCCUCGACGCAGACCGAUCCCCUCGGCGACGAUCUCAUCGUCGAGGAGGAGGUCACGGGCAAGCUCGUGAUGACGCCCUCGAGGUCGGGCUCGACCCAGGUGCUCAUCAGCACGGAGCGCGUCCCGAGUCCCUCGGCGGGCAGCUUCAAGAGCGUCUCGGCGAGCACGCCGCCCAUACCACCGAGGCCCGGCAGCGGCGCCUCCCACGCCAGACACAGACCGGACGGUACCGAUUACGAUGGGACGGAUUCUAAAUCACCGGCGCCAGACAGAUCCAGGGUAUUCGAUUUGUCCCAGCUGGAUAUGCUUCGAGCCGCACUGUUCUCCGGCGACGAGCCGCUGAGGAUCCCCAGCCUUGAAGUUGCCGAUCUCAAGGUCGACCGGUUGACGGUGUCCCAGCUGGAGGCGUACAAAGUGGCGGCAUCGGAAAUCGACGCCAUCGUCGUGUCGGCCACGGAGAUGUCGAGCAAAAACGAGCAGGACGGCGGCAUAUCCGCCUCUCUUGUCCAGGAGUUGAUUGCCAUCAGAAACCAGUUGGAAUUUAUCGAUGAACGUGACAUUACAGAGGCGGUGGCGGCAGCCCAGUCUCGGCCCCAAUCGGUCAUGGAAGACGCUUACACGUCGACGAGCAACGAACGCAUCGAUCUGAGUCCCGAUCUGCGACGAUCCUACACACGGGAAAGUACUCCCCUAUUGGUGGUAGAGCCUCAUGCUUCGGAACAGGAGGCGACCGCCUCUAUGGGCCGUACCGUUUUUCCGCAGAGCGGCUCCUCGACGGACCUGCGUUCCAUUGGUAUCCCUUCCGAGAGCACGAAGAAGCCCGUGAUCAUCACCACGCCGGCGGAGUCGCCACCUCAGAGCGAUCGAGACGACGUCGGGUCGUCGACGAGGCCCGCCGCCGCAGGAUCGGAAGACUCGCACUCGACGACCCACUCGCGUUCGGCGUCGCCCGGUGGAUCAUCGCAGGCGGGACGCGCCCUGCGCCAGACGGCCUCACCGGUAAGGUCGCUGCCACCCGUGAUCUCGGUUACGCCCGACGCCGUGCUCCAGCAGCUGCGUAGCGGUGACGGCAGCAACGCGGCGGCGGACUGCUGCGACGAUCAGUCCAACGUGUCCGACGCCCAUCAUCACGUGACGAGCCACGGGGCUCGGCCGCAACGUGCUGUCAUGUCGUACCUGAGCGGCUCCUCGCGCUCCCCGUCGCCCGAUCCAUCGGCGUCUGCGUCGGUAAUAAUUCCAUCGUCAGUAAUUCCAUCGCCACCAUCACAGCCACCACCUCGCAGCCCGAGUCCGAGCGUCGAUUCCAGCACCAACACCGAGUCCCAAUACGUAGCCUUUCCCCUGCCCCCGGAGUUCUUCUCAUUAGCUCAUUCUUCUGCUUCUAACGACCAUCUCGAUCAUCAAAAUCGCGAACAUCACCACCUACAACACCAUCACCAUCAUCACAACCACCAACAACAACAUCUCCAUCGUCACGGCAUUGCCAAUGGGCUAGUAGACAAUAUGAGCGGCGUCGAGCCGAGUGUAGCCGAGACGAGUCGGCAGCUGCUGCGGGCGCUCGGAUUGACCGGCAGUCGAGCACUCAGACAAUUUGUCGAUUCUGUAGUUUCUAGAUUCAACCGGCAACAGCAGCAGGACGACGACGACGGAUUCCCCAGCGAAGAAAAAGUCCGCCGAGUAGAGCUGGCCAUCUGCGCCCUGCUCGUGCUCAUAGCCGGCCUCAUUCUCGCGUGCUUCUGCUCGCCGAGGAACGUCGUCACUCACCACCACCACUGGGACUACUUCAAUCCGCCUCAGUGACGCACAGAUAAUCUUACUACUACUGCCAAUGUGCCGAUCUCCCCGUAAAAUUCAAUGCCACCGAUCGUUCGCAUAAUUUUUUUUCCUUUUUUUUUUUUUUAACGCCAAAACUGUAAGUAUGAUUACGAUCCAACAUCGCGGUCUUAUACUGCAAUCGUUGCGUUUUUUUUCUUCUCGGCGCAAUUGUUAUUUUAGCGAAUAAAGUCUUAGCCAAUUUUUUAUUCUCUCGAUGACGAUGUUAAAUCGUGAACAAUUUUACCACGCAACUGACACAAUAUUUUCAGCUUUUAAUAUACAUCGAACGCGCGCUGGGACUUGAAAAACUUAUUAUACGUACUUUUAUUUUAAAACUUAUCCGAUCAAGCGGGGUCACCGAUUUUACGAGAGAUCAAUGAAUACAUGUAAUUACUUUGUAAGUAGAAUUUUUGUUGAGAUGGUUUCGUCAAGUUUGUAUUUAUUGAUGAAUUGACGAAUUAACGAUUUGACUUGAGCACGUCGGAAUCAAACGACAGCAGCAAUAGCCACUGCCGCUGUGUACAUCAGAAAAGUGACUCGCCGUUUCGCCGAUAAUCACGAUUGAUUAAAAAAAAAAAAGAAACUUUAUAUUAUACGAACGCACAUAACAGUCAAUCCAUUUUCGAAAAUUUUACUUAUUCCUACGAGAAAAUCAAUAAUGUUUUUACAUACCUAUUUUUUGUGACUUUUUCACAUUUUUAUCUACGAACGCUCACGCUCAAAAUCAUAUAUUAAUUAAAAAUAUCGUAAUGACUUCAUCAAAUGAAGUCGAAUCGACGAUUUUCAAUUAUCUCUUUGUUAAUUGUGUAAUUACAAAAUUAUGAAUGAUAUAGUAUUUUAAAAAAAUAUAUAUUUUAUUCUAUUGUUAAAAAAAAACGCAGGUGCGAGAUUGAAUUGAGUUUAAUAAUUUUGUUAUCGUAUGUUACUAAUACAAUACGUUUAAACGUAACGUUUUUAGAAACGUUACUCUUAACCCAAGCUCUAUUCUGUUCAAUUAUUUACUAUCGAUCAAUGAUUAAAUGAUUUGUCGAUGAAAUCAGCUUACAGAAUUUAUACUGUGUAACUAAACUCUUAUCAGCAAUUCACGAAUGCUAUUGAAAAUUGUUUCUAAAAAAAUAGCUAGGCACCUGCGAAAAUUUUUGUAAUUCAAGAAAAUUGUUCUUUUUACUGUUGUUAUUUUAUAACAUUAUUGUUACUACUUAUCACAAGAAUGUGAAUAAACUAUUCGAAUAUUUAAGAGCUUACUGAAAA